UACCGCAUGGGGGAUUGUAUUCUGCUACCAAGGAUAGACAUUAACCUUGUCUUUUCUCAGUCACCCAGGGCACCAAAGAAGGCGGACUGUACUCUGUGCAAGGCAUGCUGUCGCUCCGCCGUCACAUCUUACUAUGGGCGACUGCAACAACUGUACACACGAGCGGGCUUUAGCCGUAGAGGACGACAUUACUGUAGUGUUUCACAAAGUUGACAGCCAUGGCAGAAACAGCGGCGACGACGACCACGGCGAGAGUGGCGAUGAUGAACGCACAACAGAGACGAUUCACCUGCGAAGUAACUGUCGCGGUUACGACGAUGAUGAUGCUGCUGCUGAGGAGGCGAAGAAGGAGGAAGAAGAAGAGAGGGGAAGUGAAAAUUCACAGGAAGGCAGCAAGAAGAAGAACUGGUUAUGCCCACCGGCGUUUUGCGUCAGAAACGAGCCCGCACCCCGAGAAGAAAGCGCACGUGAAGGCUCAGAGAAACAAAAGAGAUGUCCAGGUAUUGGUUUGUUCUACGCUUUCCUGUCCACAGUUUUUUUCUCCAUCAUUGCCCUGUUGGUGAAAACCAUCCAGGGAGUCCACGCCGUAGAGAUCAGUGCCAUACGCUGCUUCUUCCAGAUGAUCUUUACUAUGCCGUUACUCAUCUACAGCAAGACAGGUUUCCUCGGUCCAAGGGAUAAACGUAUAUAUCUGGUGCUUCGGGGUUUCAUUGGAUCCAACGCCAUGAUCUUGCUCUACUAUGCAGUUCAGCAGAUGCCGCUUGCAGAUGCCACGGUCAUCAUGUUCAGUAAUCCAGUCUUCACCUCCCUCCUGGCCUGGAUCUUCCUAAAGGAGCGGUGUACAAUCUGGGACUGUGUCUUCACUCUUUUUACCCUGACCGGCGUCAUCCUCAUCGCUCGACCGCCAUUUAUUUUUGGCGAGGAUCCAAAUGGAAUUGAAGGAAACUACAGUAACCACCUCAAGGGGACCAUUGCUGCAUUUGCGGGAGCUAUUGGAGCUGCUUUUACAUUUGUUGUCCUUCGAAAGAUCGGGAAGAGCGUCCAUUACUACCUCUCUGUCUGGUACUACGCUGUCAUCGGCUUCAUCGAGUGCGUCAUCACCGUAACCAUCCUUGGGGAGUGGAAGAUCCCGUUCUGUGGCCGUGAUCGCUGGAUCCUGGUGCUGAUCGCCGUCCUGGGUAUCGCCGGACAGAUCUUCCUCACAAAGGCCCUGCAGAUCGAGAAGGCUGCGCCCGUGGCCCUGAUGAGGACUUUCGAUGUGGUGCUGUCGUUCAUCUUCCAGUUUAUCUUCUUUAACCGCGCACCGACCUGGUGGAGCCUUGGCGGGGCGCUGUGCGUAGUCGCGAGCACUAGUGGAGUAGCACUUAGGAAGUGGUUCAGCAACUCUCGGAAGAGCUGAGGCAACGUAGAGUACUAUGGUAUUACUAUUUAUUCUUCAUUUUCUAUCUUAUGUUCUUGAUUUCUUCUGUAUUUUACUCGUUAUUUACACACAGAACUGUGAGAAAGUUUCAGAUCUUUAACAGAAGAAAUAUAGAAGAAUCGUCAGGUAGAGGUUUCAAUUCUUAACUGAAUUGUGUACCUCUAUACAAAUUGAUUCCUGAGAAUCAAGCUGUGUAUUUUAUUAUUAUGCUUUUGUCCCUGUGGAAACAUCUUAGAAGGAAAUAAGAGGAAAACCUUGCAGAACUAUAUCAUGCUCUGUUGAGCCUGUGUAGCUAAAUAACCACCUAUAAAACAGAGAUUUCCCUUUAUCUCUUCUAUAAAUGACAGCAAAAAUGCUGCUGAAGAAUUUUCCAUUUGCUUUAACUUUAAAUAACCAAAGAGAGAGGUUUUCUGCAUUGGGACCAAGUAUACUGUGUCAAACUGUAACUCUUACACUACAGAUUUCAUUUUAGAGUGCUAACUUCUAGGUACUUUUAAAGAGGUCAGAAGCAAAUAUAUAUAUAUAUAUAUAUAUAUAUAUUAACAGUGCUGACAAUAGUAGCCACAUUGUUUUUUGUGUCAUUUAAAAAAGUUGAGUCAACAAAAAGAAAUGUUGAAGUUGAAUAUGAAGUUCCUAAAUGAAGUUUUACUUGAAAACAUGCUGUAUGAUUCUCUCAGGGAUCUCUUGCCUAACUGCUUUAGAACUCAAUUCAAUUCAACUUUUUUGGUAUAUCACAUUUCAUACAAAUGUAAACUCAGUGUGCUCUACAUGAGACACAAACAAACACAUUUAAAAAAAGGACCCUGCCCCAACAACACAUACCUGUUUCUAUUAGAGCGCACACACAGGACUAUUUACUAAUUGUACAUAUGUACACACACACACACACACACACACACACACACACACACACACACACACACACACACACACACACACACACACACACACACACACACACACACACACACACACACACACACACACACACAACGAUAAACUAGCAGCCAAAGGCAGGAGAGAAAAGCAAUAUUUUUAGACUGCUCCUCAAAGAAAUAAAAGUUUCUAUAGACCUCAGGUCAGCAGGCAGUUUGUUCCACAAAUCGCCACCACGGUGACUAAAUGCUGACUCCGCCAGAUUUAGUAAGAAGUUUAUAUAAAAUAGCUCAUGUACAUACCCAACUUGUAAAAAUAUUCAUUUGAUAUGAACUGAAUUUUGAUGUCAUUGUUCUUCUGCCACCCCUCCUCUCUUCUAAAUUAAACAUAAUGAGCUUGUAUACAUUAUGGCCAAUCAUUUCUUAACCUAAUCCUCAAGUGCCUUAAGUAGGGAACUUUCAUUUCCAACUCCCCUUAGUUCUCAGUUACCAGCAUCUCGCUCAGUUGCACAUCUCAGGGGUGAUGGUGCAUAUGAAUAUGAAGUAGGUUACCUUAAAAAAAACUCAAAGGAAUGACUAUAAUUAUCAAACAUGAAGUCUUCUAUGUUUUUUAUGAGGCACCUGCGACAUGACACACCCCGUACCCACCGCCAAGGCCACGCUGAUAUCUUCAUCGCCUCAGGAGGAGUCAGCUCUCUCAUGUUGCCUAGCACUUCUUAUCAUCUCAGAGAAAAAGUAUCCUACAAGUGAUUUUGGGAGUCUAUAAAUACCAUGCUCAGAGGGGGGAGGGGGGGGGGUGUUGUUUGCACUUUGUCUUUGCUUGAGGGGAGAAAAGGCGUCAAUGACCUGCCACUGUUAUUCAACAAAUGAACCUAUCAUCAUACAAAAGCUGCACCACAAAGAAAGCUUCAGGGAUUGAAAGAUGAUAGCCCGCUCAAUUAAUGCAAGCACCCGAGGAAGACAGACGAGUGGUGCAGCCUCAUCAAAACUCUGCAGGUUUUUGCAAAAUGAACUCUGCAGCGCACAGAUGAAUAGUGAUGUACCUGUCACACUUUGUGAUCUACCUAGAAGGCUGAGAUCGAGGUGUUAGCAGCAAAAACAGUAGCAUGUUUUUUUUUUGUGUUCGCUUCAGACGGGCAUCUGUGAUUCAUGCAUGAGUGGAUUUGUGUUAACGGCUGUGUCUGAUUGUCAUGGUGGUGAAAACAGACAUUUGGGCUUUGUGGGUGAGUUAAACAUUCAGCAAAAACAACAAAAAGAGAGACUAAAUACGAGUCCUAAAUAGCAAGCAUUGUGUAGAAGCCAAGAGUGGCCAUGCUUGUUUUUACAAUGUUUAACGCCAUAAUCUCAAGAGAAUGAACUUUGUCAGAUGAUAAGAUAAUCAAGGGGGAAAAACACAAGCAUUUUCCUCUUUUUAAUCACAGAUCAGGAGUGUCAUACAAGCAUGGACAGAUGGCAUCUUGAAAACUGUUCAAGGAGAAAAUGUCAGAGAAGAAAGCCCAGAUUAUUGAUCAACACAUAAAACUGUACUUAAACAAAGACACAAAAACACAAUGCUCACGUGUGAAAUCCCUGACAGUCAUUAAAAUGAAGGUUUAAACCAUUUAUUAUCACUAACUUUCGGAACCUCGAUAAAUAUCUUGCAGAAGAAAAAAGUUCUCCUUUGAAGUGAUCCUCUUUUUCAAUGGAAAAAAAAUGGCAACCAAGGUCACUCUUGGCUACCAUAUUAUUGAAAUACGUUUAGGCCAAAAGACAUUGGAUCUUGUGCUAAAAGCAAUACUGUGUUUCACCCUUUAGGUACUAUAAGGUAGCAUGUCUACCUGUUUACUCUGCUGCAGUGUUAUACCCUUGUUUCCACCCAUGUUGCUUUCUAGCACAGCAGCCGGCUUGUUCUCUUCCGCUUUGUGUCUUGUAAAAUUCAUGCAGUAUUUUUUAACGUUUACCAGUGAGUUUCCUGCUGUCAGGACUGAUGACGUCUCAUUGCGGCUGUUGAAGAAAUGUUUAGUUGGGUGCAAUGUUGCUUAAAGAAAGAAAGGCAAUUACUGCUGCGAGACUGAACAAUUUAAUAUCCUGCGGUUUCUUCCCUUCUGUUCUUCACAUGCCGCUGUUUCUGUUUUUGAUCCACCUGUUAAGAACUGUGUGGUUCCACCCUCAGACCCCCCCCCCCCACCCCCUCCAAUUUGAGCUUUCUCUUUUAUUAAGGGAAAUCUAUAUCACCACAAACUGAACCCUGAGUUUGCACACACGUAUUUGUUUUAUCUUACAGUCUCAUGUGAAGCCUUUUAUUUACCACUCAUUUUUGCUCAUAUUCUUUAUUUUUAGAUCAUUUUAAUCGUCUUUUUGAAGGAUACCGUAGACACUCUGAAGAACAUCUUGAUUUAAAAUGGUCACAAUGUGUGAAAUAUGAAAAGCAAUGUUCCUUUCAAUGCUGGGUAAGCUCUCUCGUAUGAGAGUUUUUUUUGUUGCAGUGGUUUAAACUGGUGCAUUCAUCACCAAACAAAUGCUUAAUAUUUUACAAAAGCAGUAUUUAAUUUAAAUUGGCAUUUGGUUCUGCAGAUUCUGAUCAUACCCACUGGAUUUUAAAGAGUACAAUAAAUAUGUAAAACACACCAUGCAAGAUUAUGAAUCUAAGAGAUGUCAGAGUUUGAAAAUAGAAAACAAUUGGCCUGAUACAUGUGAUCCCUUUUAGUGUAGAAUUGAUUUAAAGGCGCAGUGACUUUUUGCAACCAUUGUUAAAUAGUUCACGUCUUUGGAGGCUUAUUUGAUGUUCUCCUUGCUUGCUUUGCUUCGACAUUUUUUCUGAUCAGAAUUGUAUUUAACGUAAGCACAACGUGAUGUAUUUCCUUCAGAUUGUUAACAUUUCUUUCAGGACCUCUAAGCCUUACAAACCUAAUGAAGCUGUUAUUUAGGGUUUUAAACUAUGCUUAAAUAGUAUUUAUUUGACUAUUUCUGUACUGUAUUACAUCAGUAUAUUCUAUAAGAUGUAUUUAUUUCUGCAUAGUGAUGAACUAUAUUUGGUAUAUUAUGAUUUGAUAAUAAAUUCUAUAAGAGUU